CCCACCACAGCACUGUGGCAGACGCCACCACCCCACGGCUACCACAUACCAACACCCUGAAGAGAGAAAGAACCGUACGCGCGCGGACAAACAUGGAUUUCAUCUCCAACACCGCCAAGCGCUCCGGCCAAAUGGUGCACAAAAUACGCCAACACCUCCUCACACAGCUCGACACGAUCCCCAUCAAUAUCCCCACGUCCACCAGCGCCGCUCCAUCUGUACCCGGCGGUCAGCACGACCUGGAGCAGCAGCAGCAACAGCAGCAGCAACAACAACGACAACAGCAGCUGAAGCAACGGCAACCUCUGUGGUCGCCCUUCCCGCUUGGCCUAAUUCCGGAGGAUGUCCGGCUGACCGUGUUAUCGUUUUUACCCGCUGGGGAGCUGUCCAGCAUUCGGAGAGCGAGCCGAGACUUCCUCCACACGGCCGAUCGUCACGCAGAUGUCCUGUGGGGUAGGCUCAACCGCUGCGAUUUUCCUUCCGUCGCGGCACCAACAGACCCAGCAGCCCAAGAAACGAACUGUCUCUCGCCACAUCAGCAAUACGUCAAGAACGUCAUGCGCCGGGCAAUCGACGAGGUGGGCAACCUCCGCGCCAACCACCGCCUGCGCGAGAGCCUAGACAGCUUCACCUGGCCCAUCGACUGGCCUCGCGGCAACGCCACCACCAGCGGCACCAUCUAUUCCGCCAUCAGCAACACUUUCGGCGGCGGCAUCGACGGGAGAAGCAGCGGCGGCGGCGGCGGCAACGGCGGCGGCGUCAUCGGUCUCCUGUCCGACCUCGUGACUGUCCCCGAUCCCCGAAUCGCCCGCGCCCUCUCUUACAAGCGCCGCGCCGCCCUGUCCACCGUGGUUGUGGACAACGACAAGGUCCUCUUCGAUUUCCGCCGCCGCGGCCUCUACACCGGCCCCGUCAACUUCUUGCCGCUCAGCACCCUCGUCGUGGACAACCCCACCCCGCUGGCCCCGCUGCUGCUGCCGCUGCUCCUGCCUCCGCCGAGGAGAAUCGGCAACGUCCCCGCUGGCACGGAAGACGGCGACGGCCGGGAAGAGGGCGCCGACCUGUUACCUCGGGCGCCCGAGUCGCCCGCCCCGGCCGGCUUCCUCGGCUACGCCGUGCGCCUGCUGCGGCUGCGGCCGGAGCACGAGCCCCUGCGGUGGACGGCGCUGUUCGCCCUCUUCAGGGACCUGGCUGUUUUCGAGACCACCGAGCAGGCGGAGGUUGUUCGCGCCCGUGUUCCCGACCGGCGGCUGUUCUACUGCGCGCUCGACCACCCUGGGGCCCAAGACGAACCCUGCCCUAUCGGAGGGCGGUCUAUGCCACACAUUAGUCACUGGGGGUUUCAUGGCUUGCUUGCCGAUAGCGGUCUAGGCGGCGGGGAAGGCGAGAUGCCCGGAGUACGAGACCGCGCGGGGGAGACGGUGGGGGAUGCCUUGGAGAGGCAAGAAAGAAUUGCUUGUUUCGCCAGAAGCUCGCUCGCGUUCCUGCAGUACGGCGGCGGGGUCUGACGGAGUGUGGUAGGCCUACGGUGUGGCGGGUGUGUCUCGAUGUAGUGAGGCCAGGGCAUGGCGGACAUGCUGCCGUCGCCACCACUGCCGCCGCCUCUUGUAGUUUCCGCUGUUUUUGUUGUUGUUGGUGAUUGGUGACUGGUGAUGCUGAUUUUAUGCUGCUAUUUUCUGUUGUCAGGCUAUCGCCAUCUCAAUUCCCCAGUGUCAAGGCUACACCGCCUCUUCUUGUUGAAAGCGUUUUUCGACAUGUACCCUGAGCAUGCCCGCCAGGACGUUUAGCGUUCAAAUGUUUUCUAGUGUGAAGCGGAGCAAGCGUUAGGAUCUAGAGUAAGAAAGGGCGAGGAAGGAAUAGAGCAUAUCUUCUUUCGGCCGCGCUGUCAUUGAUGGUUGCUACGGGGCGUUUAUUGUGUGCCCUGCAGGGUACAACACGAUCUACUUUGGUACUACAUGGAUUGUACGCAUUCAAUGAGUGCACUAGAGCUCGACAUCUUGAGGGGUCGAGGGGACUUCACGGAGGAAAACGGGCGCGUAGGUGGUAGGUUCUUCAACGAAAUAUUUUUCCAGCAGCACCUGCAGGCUAAGAAACACAGUAGUUCGACGUAUUCGUAGUGCAGCAAGUUAGUGCAGUGGUCUGUACGCUCUGCACCCCCAGUAGAGCUUAACUGCUAUGGAAAUUCCAUCGGUUAGAUAAGGAAGGGGGAGGUAAACUAAAAUGAUGGAUUUGAAAAUAAUAUUAAGCGUGUGGUGGGCUAGAGUGGGCGAGAAGGGUUAGGUUAGGGGGAAGCCGGGGGUCGCCGA